GAGGAAUGUGACAAGCGAGGAGCAGAGGAGGGGAUCGGCAGAGGGAGAAAAAGGUUCAGAGGAGGACGGCGACGAGUCAGGACUGACGUCUUGGACAUAUGCUUUACUGACAGACAAAAUCACUUCAGGCCUCAGAACAGUUACGCCUUGGAUGGCUAUGGCUCUGCCCGCGGCCUUUCUCUCCGAAGACCAGUUCACCUGCUCCAUCUGUCUGGAGGUGUUCAACAACCCCGUCUCAACCCCAUGCGGCCACAGCUUCUGCCAGGUCUGCAUCUCCUCCUACUGGGAAGGACGGGGAGGCGGCGACAAGCUCUACCAGUGUCCCCUCUGUAAGGAGUCGUACCGCAAGCGGCCGGAGCUUCACAUCAACCGAACCCUGAAGGAAAUCACUGAGCGGUUCAAGGAGAUCGCCAUAGGCGAAUUGCCGGCCGGCGGAACAGGCGGAGGAGGAAGGGAGGACCCCGGCGCUCACCCCCACCACCAUCAUCCCCCAGCCCAAAGGCCGGGAGAGAUGCCGGGGAGCAUUUUUGCCGAGAUGUUGACCCGUUUCCAGCAGCUGCCGACUCAAACCACCCACUCCGGUGACCCUCACCACCAAGUCAGUGCUCACCUGGCCGUCCAGGCUCAAACCGCAGGGCCGAACAGCCCACCUCCACCCUACACGGCUCUCCGCAGGUACACUCUGAGCGGGCCGAGUGACACCUCGCCCAGCCUGCCCCCGUGUCCCCUCCACCUGAGAGCUCUCGAGUUCUUCUGCCGCACCGACAACUCCUGUGUGUGCAGUGUUUGCAUGGAGACGGCAGAGCACAGACGGCACGACGCAGUCCCCGCCAAGAGGGAGUGCCACAUCAAGAAGGCCCAGUUGCAAAUCGAAGAGGCGGAGCUGAAGGAGCUCAUCGGUGAGAGACAGAGGAAAGUGGAGGAAAUGCGGAACUCCUUGCAACAGAUACAGGCUGCUGCUGAGAGAGAGAUAGAUGGGACUGUGCGUCUGUUCUCCAAACUGAUCUCCAGUGUGGAGCGCUGCCAAGGCGAAGUCUUGGAGGUGAUAGAGAUGACCCAUCGGGCGGACGAGCACAGGGCUCAGAGUCUGCUGAGGGAGCUGGAGGAGGAGAUCGCUGAGCUGAAGAGGAGGAGCGCAGCACUGGGCCAGCUGGCUCUGUCCGAGGACCCGGUGGACUUUCUCAAGACAUUCAGCGCCCUGUCCUCGCCCCCUCAAGCAAAGGACUGGUCCAGCGUCUCGGUGUCGUCUCCUCUGACCUCGGGGCUGAUUCUCAGGACUGUCAAUCUAUUGAUGGAGCGCUUUCAGGAGGAGAUGCGCAAACUGCCGGAAAUCUGCCAGCGAUCGUCAUCGGACCAGUCAGUGCCCAGACCGAAUCCAAAGGUAAAGAGGGUUCAGGAUUAUGCAGCCGCCAUCACUUUGGACCACAACACAGCCCACCCACGUCUCAUGGUCUCAGUGGACGGGAAGCAGGUGCACUGCAGCGACCGCCACCAGCUGGUGCCGGACCAGCCGGAGCGCUUCGAUCGGGUGGUGUGUGUGCUGGCCCACCAGGGCUUCAGCUCAGGAAGACAUUACUGGGAGGUGGAGGUUGGGGGGAAAACAGACUGGGACCUGGGAGUGGCGAGCAGGUCUGUCAAUCGGAAGGGGAAAAUCACUGUAAGCCCUGCCCACGGUUAUUGGUUCCUCAGCCUGCGGGAUCGGACUGACUACGCCUUCCGAACAGAACCCUCAACCAACAUCACAGUCAACGUCAGGCCCUCGCGGAUUGGGAUCUAUGUGGACUAUGAAAAGGGACUGGUGUCCUUCUACAACGUGGAGGCCAGGGUGCUCAUUUAUACAUUCACAGACAGUUUUCCUGACACCGUCCAUCCGUUCUUCAGCCCGUGUACGAACAAAUCAGGAAGGAAUGAGGCUCCACUGAUCAUUUGCCCUGUUGCAAUGACAGAAUAAAAUCAGAGUCAAAAUCUUGGAAUGCUUCCACAAGACUGGGAUGCCUGGGACAGAUUUGAUCAAAGCUGCACCUUAUUGCUUCAUGGAAUGGAAUUACAAUAGAUAAUGAAGAAGCCAUUGCGGUGGGCAGGGGUAUCUCAGGCUUCCAUGUCUUGGACCCACAGAGCAUGCUAGACUACAUUUCUGGCCAAGCUGGUUCAAAGCAUGCACAUGUUGGCUCAUGUGAAUGUCAUGAAAAGUGAUUAAUUGAUACGGCUCAUCAAUCCAGCUGUGUUUCAUGGUUCAAACUCUAAUACGGUGUAAAGACGCCCCUGAAACCAACCAGCACAAAACAGCGGGGGUUUAUGAUGCAGGCAGGUACGGCGUACAUGGAACGGCCUUAACCAAGGGGCUGGCACAGUGGACAGGAACAUCUGCACCAAGUACGGGCUGAAGGUCCCAACGUCAAAGUGGAAGUCACCUCCGAAGGUGGUUGAGAAUGGCCGAGCUAAGAUCCGGUGGGACUUCAAGAUCCAGACUGAUAAACUGGUGAAAACCAACCCAGACAUCAUGGUGGUCAACUAACACAGAAGAAGGCAGCAGUGAUGGGUGUAGCAAUCCCAAGCAGCGUCAGCAAUAGCAAGAAGGAGGAACAUGACAAUCUUGAAAAAUAACAACGGCUAGGCCACAGUGGUGCCAGUGGUAGUCAGAGCACUUGGGACUGUGACCCCCAAACUGGAGGAGUGGCUCCAGCAGAUUCCAGAGACAACAUCCGAGAGACCAGAAGAGUGCAGUCCUAGGAACAGUUAAGAUACUGCGCAGAACCAUCAGACUCCCAGGCCUCUGGUAGAGGAAUCGAGCUUGAAGGAAGAAAAAACGAGACUGCCCACAUGGGCGAGUGGGGAAACUCAUAUAUAUAUAUAUAUAUAUAUAUAUAUAUAUAUAUAUAUAUAGAUAUAUAUAUAUAUAUAUAUCCGAUGUUUAUGAUACUCCUGGAUGUUCAUAUGCUGUUAACCAUGUAACAUUUAGCAUGAUGGCAUCUUUAAUGUAUCAAUAGAAUCCAUUUAACCUAAUUUUGAAUAGCCAUUCUCCUUUCUCCAUUAAAGGUGUCGUACAGUAUGUACAUUUUCUCUUCCGCCGAACAUAGUUUCUUGCUGGCAGCGGGUGCUGAUGAUGGUCAUUUGCUAUGAGCUUCAUUCAUUGUUAGGUUUACUAGACAAGAGGUUAUAUUAUGUCCUCUGAGGACGUUACAGUGUGACUCACUGACAAGAUGGGUCAGCUUUGCCAAGGGCUGGUUGGUUAGCAGGCUCACUUUCAGUAUAAGCAAAGAAGUGAUAGAAAUAGAGGCUAAAUAAAAUAUCCUAAAAAUGCCUCUGAAGACAGCUUUUGGUGAUUUAAGGAAUAAAGUUUAAUGCUGGUCCCACAA